UUGUCCGGCAAACAUCAUUUUCUUUCGAAACAAACACAAACCGAAGUACCCCAAAUAAAAAACCCAAGCUCGGGUUUUUUAGUCCUCCCAGUAAAUUAGUACAGUACAGUCAUAGUCAGUUUACAGCAAAAUUAAAAAACAGACAAUAUAUACUGCCCCUAAAAGCUUGAGCAUUUAUGACACACAAAAACCCGAAUACCUAGAUCUUCAGAAAGGAGAGAAAAUCUCACAAAUGUCUGAAUUUCUGAACUGACCCGUUGAUCCCCAUUCGAAAAACUAUCAAACCCAAUUACAGUAGUUCAAAUUGUUUUGGGGUUUAAGUCCUUGUAUAGAUACCAAGUCGUUGUGCUUCUCGUUUAUUUAAGUGCGUUUGAACAGACACACUUAAAGCAGGUGCUGCUGCUCGUGAGCUCGCUCAGCUUCAGGAAUCAGCAAUGGGUCGUUCUCGUGGAAACUUUCAUUCUGAUGAGGACCCCACUCAAAGCUGAAUGAAAACGUCGGUAAAUUGUUAAACUGGUAUACUGGAGAAUAACUGUGUAGUCAACUGGAAGAGCCAUCCCAUAUAUUCUAGCUCAUGGCCAGGAAAGUGUAUAGAACGGGAUCAAGGAGAAAAAAGAAUGCAUCCACUGGAGAAAACUUAGAAUCUUCAGCAGCAGGCGCAGGUCAGGUAACAAGUGAAGGGAAAAGGGCUUACCACUGCAAUUAUUGCAACAAAGACAUUACGGGGAAGAUCCGAAUUAAGUGUUGUAUGUGCCCUGAUUUUGACCUAUGUAUAGAGUGUUUUUCUGUUGGAGCUGAGCUGACAUCUCAUAAAAGCAAUCACUCUUACAGGGUUAUGGACGAUUUAUCUUUCCCGCUUAUUUGCCCAGACUGGAAUGCAGAUGAUGAAAUACUGCUUCUGGAGGCAACCGAAAUGUAUGGAUUGGGGAACUGGGCUGAAGUUGCCGAGCAUGUUGGGACAAAGAGUAAAGAACAAUGUAUAGAACACUACACAAAUGUUUAUUUGAACUCGCAGCGCUUUCCUAUUCCGGACAUGUCUCAUGUAGAAGGAAAAAAUAGAAAGGAGCUUCUUGCUAUGGCUAAAGGGCAUGGAGAGGACAAGAAAGGAUUUCCUAUGCUGGGGGAUCAUAGUUUGAAGGAGGAAUCUCCAUUUUCUCCUUCAAGAACCAAAGCGGAAGAUAUGCACAAAGGUGGCCAUUCUAGCCGUUUACUGUCUAGCAUCAAUACUGAUGCAGAAUCUGGACUUCGCUCUAGUGGUGCAAGUGUGGCAGCAGCAGCUGGUAACAAGAAGCCAUCCAACAUGGCCCAGGUUAAAGAUGGUCCUGGUGUCAUUAAAGUGGAAGAACCUCAAGCAGAUAGAAAAGGGAAGAAACCAAGUUCUUUGGGGAGUGCGGGCCCUUCUUUAGUCGAGUUGAGUGGUUAUAACGUCAAAAGGCAGGAGUUCGAUCCCGAAUAUGAUAACGAUUCCGAGCAGCUAUUGGCUGACAUGGAAUUUAAGGAUACUGACACUGAAGAUGAGCGUGAUCUGAAGUUAAGAGUGUUGCGAAUCUAUUCAAAAAGACUUGAUGAGAGGAAGCGUAGAAAGGAUUUCAUACUAGAAAGAAAUUUAUUAUAUCCUAAUCCUUUUGAGAAGGACCUAUUGCCUGAAGAAAGGGCGAUAUGUCGACGUUAUGAUGUCUUCAUGUGCUUCCAUUCCAAGGAAGAGCAUGAAGAAUUACUUCAGACUGUUAUUGCAGAGCAUCGGACUAUGAAAAGAAUUCAAGAACUUAAGGAAGCCCGAGCUGCUGGUUGCCGUACAUCGGCCGAGGCAGAUAGAUAUCUUGAGCAUAAACGGAAAAAGGAUGCUGAAGAAAAUGCUCGCAGAGCAAAGGAAAGUGGGCAAGUUGGUCCGAGCAGUCAGGGAGGUCCAAAUUUGUUCGUGUCCUCAGAGUCUGUUGACAAGGACUCAAACUCAAGGCCAGCUGGACAGGCUACUUCAAGCUCUGCCAGUGAUAUGGAUAUAAUGGGAUUUUAUGGAUCAGAUUUACUGUCUGAAGCUGAGAAACGUCUCUGCAGCGAGAUUAGGUUACCACCACCCGUUUUCCUCAAGAUGCAAGAAGUUAUUUCAAUUGAAAUCUUCAGCGGCAAUGUCAGUAAAAAAUCAGACGUCCAUCACUUGUUCAAGAUUGAACCUAGUAAAAUAGACAGGGUUUAUGACAUGCUUGUGAAAAAGGGGAUCACUCAGCCUUGAUAGUAGAUACCAUUUCAGGCUUCAUGUUGUUUGCGUUGUAAAUUGUUUGGAUUUGUAUCAGUUUUGUUCCAGAGAAAUAACAAAAUUGCAAAUGCUGCUGCUAUAUCCUCUCCUUUCCAUUUCAAAAUUGCUUAGUUACCCUGUUAUAAUAUCAUUACAGAAAAUAUGAAAUAUAAGCGCAAUUUAAUCAA